CGCCCCGCCACGCUGAGUGGGCCCCGCGGCGCGGAGCGGCGGGGCGGGACACGGCGGCCGAGCCCGGCGAGACAGCGGCGGAAAGUGCCACGACUCCACACGUCUGCAGCAGCGAGGAGGGACCGCGACCCGGCACGGGCACAGAAGAAUAAGGCAGGAUGGAUGUGUAUGACCCUCAGACGCUGGGUGUUGUGGUCUUCGGAGGUUUUAUGGUGAUAUCAGCCAUUGGGAUCUUCCUGGUGUCCACCUUCUCCAUGAAGGAGACAUCUUAUGAGGAAGCCUUGGCCAAGCAACGCAAAGAGCUUGAGAAGACCCAGCAGCAGAAAAUGGAGAAAAAGAAAAAAGAGAAAUCUGUUGAGAAGAAAGGAAAAGCAAAGAAAAAGGAAGAGAAACCUAAUGGAAAGAUCCCAGAGCAGCAGAUGACUCAGGAAGUGACAGACCCUCCCAAGGAUGUGGUUCUUGAAGCUGCUGUGGUGCCUGAGCCUUUAACAGUGGAGUUUCCAAUUGCAGCAGUGUCAGUUGUUCCCCAGGAAAAGGAGAAACCUGUUCUGUCACCUAAGGAGAAGAGGAAGAAGGAGAAGAAGGUGGCAAAGGUAGAGCCUGCUUCUAGCCUGAUGUUGGCUUCACCUCCUGUCAGUGUCCCCAGAAGUUCUCCUGUCCUGGAGGUGGCCCCUAAGGAGGUGCCUGUUGUGGCUGUGCCACCAGUUGGCACACAGCAAAGUGCUCCUGUCAACCCUGUCACCAUCAAGAAAACCGAUGCUCUUCUGACCCAUGAGGAGCAGAAGCAUGAUGGACCUGUCAAGAAGAAGGCUGCAUCCAAGAAGAAGAGUGAGCCAGCAGUCCCAACCCCUCCUCUCUCCUCCCUAGCACCUACGGAUUCAGAUGGGCCCCUCUACCUGCCCUACAAGACACUCAUGUCCACUGUCAGCAGCAUGGUGUUCAGUGAGGGUGAGGCCCAGCAGCUCAUCGAGAUCUUGACGGAGAAAAUGGGCAUCAUGGACACCUGGCACACGGCUACUCAGAAGGGUGACCCGGUUGCUAUCCUGAAACGCCAGCUGGAAGAGAAGGAGAAGCAGCUCUCAGCCGAGCAGGAGGAUGCAGCUGCUGCCAGAAACAAGCUGCGGGAGCUGAGCAAGGACCUGGCAGCCGAGCGGGCCAAGGCGGCAGCUGCAGAGGGCAAGCUGAAGGAGCAGCUGCUGGCCCGUGAGCAGGAGAUCGUGGCAGUGCAGGCACGCAUGCAGGCCAGCUACCAGGACCAUGUCAGCGAAACGCAGCAACUCCAGGUCAAGAUCCGGACCCUGCAGGAACAACUGGAGAAUGGCCCCAACACACAGCUGGCUCGCCUGCAGCAGGAGAACUCCAUCCUGAGGGACGCCCUCAACCAGGCCACCAGCCAAAUGGAAAGCAAGCAAAAUGCUGAGCUGGCCAAGUUACGGCAGGAAUGCAACAAGCUGAUGAGAGAGCUGUCUGAGAAAUCAGAGGUGCUGCAGCAAGAGGAGCAGCAGAGGAAGAGCUGGGAGAUCAAAGCGGCAGCUUUGGAGAAGCAGAACAAACAGCUGCAGGCUUCCCAACAGGAGGUGGAGGUGAUGCUGCAGAAGAGGCUGGAUGAAGUCAGUGAUGAGCUCCACAAAACCCAGACCAGCUACAAAAGCUUGUUAGCAGACACAGAAAAGGCCAAAGGACAGCAGCAGAGCAUUGCUGAGCUGCAGGCCAAGCUGCUGAGCUCCGAAGCAGAGGUUAAAAGUAAGUUGCUGGAGUUGGACAAUGUGAAAGGGAAACUGCAGGAUGCCAGUUUGGACAAUACGAAGCUUCUGGAGAGGAUCAAGUCCAUUGAAGCUCUGCUGGAGGCAGGCCAGAUGAGUGGGGCAGAAAAAGACAGAGACUUGCAGGCAGCCAAUGAAGCAGAAAUGAAGCAGCUGCGGUCAAGACUCCAGGAGAACACAAACCAGCUCUCAUCUUUGGAAAGGGAAGCCACAGAGCUGCGAGAGGCAGUAGAGCAACAAAAGAUGAAAAACAAUGACCUUCGCGAAAAGAACUGGAAAGCAAUGGAAGCGUUGACCAUGGUGGAGAAGGUGUGCGAGGAAAAACUACUUGCUGCUACAAAAGCAAAGGAAGAGCUGGCCCAACAGCUGAAUGCAUUCCAGACACGAACUAAGCAGACUCUGCUCUCUGCCCUUCCUGGAGUCACUGUGUCCUUACAGCAGGAUUAUGAUACAUGGCUACAAGAGUUUAAGGAGAAGACUAUGAGUGUGCUAAAGCAGCAAGUGAUUACAACAGAGCCCCUGGAUUCAGCUCUUAAAUUGAAAGAGGCAGUGGAAACACAAACCACUUUACAAGCAGAAUGUGAGCAGUAUAGAACUAUCCUCGCAGAGACAGAAAGGAUGCUGCGAAACCUGCAAAAGAGUGUGGAGGAGGAGGAGAAGGUCUGGAAAGCAAAGCUCACAGCCUCUGAAGAGGAGCUCCAAAAGUCACACUUCCAGCUGAAAUCCCUUGAAGCCAUGGUGGAGAAGUUGAAAGCAGAUCUGCAGAACACAGAUCAGCUAAAGGAAUACACCUCUCUUCUGGAAAUGCAACUGGAAAAUCACUUGCAGACAGCCAGCUCUGAACGUCAAAACUACACAAAAGAAGUUGAAGUUUUGAGGCAGCUCUUAUCAGAGUCCCAGGAGCAGCUGGAGGCAGCAAAGACUGAAACGCAGAAGCAGAGCAAGGAGCUGGCACUGGUCAGGCAGCACUUGAGUGAGAUGAAGAGCCAUGUACAGGAUGGAGAGGUAGUGAGGUUACAAGCUGACCCAAGCGAGCCUGCACCCCUCAAGGUUAGGAUGGUGAGACCACUGCCUGUGGAGGCACUGACCCUUAAGCAUCCUGUCUCACCAUCUCUAACUGCAUGGAGAACUGCACAUGGCUUUACUUGGGGCUGUCGUGGCUGUGUUGUCUCCUGUACCAUGUGUUGGGGAAAAGCUAGCCCCCUAUCCCUUCAAACAUGUGUCUUGUUCCCAUUGGGAACAUACCACCAACUGGCUUUCACCAGGUUGUUCCCCUUGGGAGCCCUCCAUCAUGGCAUCAGGCUGGCAAGAUUUGAGGGGGAUGCAGGCAGGGCAUGCUGCAAGCCCUUGGGCCAGCAUUACCAUGUGACAAUGCCCUGUUGGGUUUGGGGUUUGGGUCUCCUUGGAGGAAGGGGAUACCCCAACAAAGUUGUACCAGGAUCCCUUCCAAGCUGGUGAGGAUUACGAUUACAGAGGCUCCAUAAAUUGCUGGAGCUGGGCUGAGGGUAUUAGCAGUGGCUGUUCCCUUUCAGGCUGACACCUCUUGCCAGUAGCAGUGCUGCCACAAGUUGGGCUCUGUCUUUCUCCUUUAAUCCUGUUAACUGUGAAGUCUCCUCCCAGGCAUGGGGACCUGCCAGGCACAUCCUUCCCUAUGGGGUGCCUCUCAUCCCAUGUCCCAGCUGACGCUGCCUGAGGAGCAAGCAAAAUUUGGCACUGCAAAGCCAAGCCCCAGGCAUCAGUAUCCUCCCAGCUCUUGUGCUGAGGAGGGAUGCUGGUACCUAUUGCCCUUUGAUGUCCUAGGGAAAGCUUCCACUUUUAUUUCUUCUGUCUAAGCCCAGCUUUCUUGGUGAUGUCCCUGCUAGCUCAUUUCUUGAGUAAUUUUUAAAUUUUAUU